UUUUUCUUAAGCCACCUUAAUCAUUUAAAAAAAACUUAGAAAGUUUAAAUCAACUCCGAGAUACUUCAAAUUUGCCAUAGAAAAAGUGGAAGAUGCUAUUGCUAAACUUAAUUUUAAUACAUGUUGUGUUGAUAUCAAUAAUACUGAUAGACAAUAUUCAAGGAAGUAUUGAUAAUCUUUGUAAUUUCGACAUUCUGUUAGUAAAAGGAAAACUUAUUGGCCUGCUACCUAAACUAGAUAAGGAGUUUUUGGUUUCCUUUGAUGUCUACCCAAAGAAGUUUGUUGCUGGUUAUCACAGUGUUAUUCAUUUAACUAUUGGUUCUAAUUAUGGUCAAUAUGGUGAUCGUGUUCCAGGUAUCUGGUUUAAUGACAAGGGAGAUGGUAGUAUUUACAUUUCAGCACCAAUUAGUGGUAAUAUUAAUAAAUUUUUCAUCACAAAUCCAAUCAAAUUAAAUAAUUGGUCUAAUGUUAAAGUUAGUCAAAUUUUGAAAAACUUUGAUUAUGUAUACACAAUUAGAUUAAAUGGAGAAGUUGUCUUUACUUAUAUUAAUAACAAUGUUCAAAGUUUUGAUAAUGUAAAAGUAUAUGCAUCUGAUCCUUGGCAUGAUGUUCAAGAUGGUUUAAUAAGGAAUUUGUUUAUUAUCACUGGUAUUUCAAGUAAUGGUCUGCAACCAAUAGUUGUUCUACCUACAGAUAUUGAUAAAUGUGCAAACUUGACUGAUUACUGUAACUGGGCAAACAGUGAUUGUCUGAACACUAAUGGAAGUUAUUAUUUUACUUGCAAGUGUGUUGCAUAUUAUUUUAUAUACUGUAACUGGGCAAUCAGUGAUUGUUUGAACACCAACGGAAGUUACUAUUUUACUUGCAUGUCUGGAUGGAGGUUGAAAAAUAACAGCUGUGUUGAUAUUGAUGAAUGCGCAAACUUGACUGAUCACUGUAACUGGGCAAACAGUGAUUGUGUGAACACUAAUGGAAGUUACUAUUGCACUUGCAAGUCUGGGUGGAGAUUGAAUAACAACAGUUGUGUUGAUGUCAAUGAAUGCAAUGAGUUGCCUAAAUAUUGCAACUUGACUAACAGUGAUUGUGUGAACACUAAUGGAAGUUACAAUUGUACUUGCAAGUCUGGGUGGAUAUUGGAAAACAACAGUUGUGUUGAUGUCAAUGAAUGCAAUGAGUUAGAUAAAUAUUGCAACUUGACUAACAGAGAUUGUGUGAACACUAAUGGAAGUUACAAUUGUAUUUGCAAGUCUGGGUGGAUAAUGAAAAAUAACAGUUGUGUUGAUGUCAAUGAAUGCAAUGAGUUGGAUGAAUAUUUCAACUUGACUAACAGUGAUUGUGUGAACACUAAUGGAAGUUACAAUUGUACUUGCAAGUCUGGCUGGAUAUUGGAAAACAACAAUUGUGUUGGUUCUUUGUUACAAUGGAGCAACUGGUCAAGUUGCAAUACAUCAAAUGGUUAUGGAUUUACUAACAGAACAAGAUACUUAGCUGAUAAAUGCUAUACAGAACAAAAGGAAUGUUAUGUAUAUAAAGCUCCAUUGUGGAAUGUUUUUAACACAGUUUCUAUGGAAGUAAAUUUGACUUUACUAAACUUACAAAUUUAUCCAACAUUCAUAAAACCAUCAAAUGUUAGCUUAGAGUUUGAAUAUUUUUUGCCACCAUUUUUUACCUUUAUAUCUGAUAGUGUUAUUCAACGCUUUGUUAAGACUCAAGCCAAUCGACUAAGGUAUUCAUUCAAUGGAAAUUUCACCUAUUUGGAUUCAUUUAAUUACAAUUUUACUGCAACUUAUAACAACUCGUUGUGUCCAAUCUCUGGUGUAUUUAUGUUAAAAAUUCCGUUGAUGUUGUCACUCCAAGUUGAAACUGAAAAAUGUGAGAGAAUAGUUAGAACAUUUCAAAAGCAAGUUGAAUGUUUUGACAAUCCAAAAAUACCAGUCAGUUCAAAUCAAGAAUUUCUUAAAGAAAGCUAUGGGCGAGGAAUAUAUUGGGAUGAAUAUAACAGUCAUAUAUAUGUAUGUAUGAGUCAACAUCAUCCCAGUACAAAAUCUGUAUGUUAUUUCUCUGAUGAUGAAGGAUAUUUAUGGACAGCUAUGGAUGUUCAGGUUGGCUUCGUUCUCGGUCGUCACUCGGUAACAAAAGAACUUUAUGCGGUUCAUCGAAAUAGAAAAAUGUAUUUAAUGUUUCAUAAUUAUUACAAGAAAUGGUUGGCAAUAACAAAUCAGCAGUUUUUAGACAACGCUUUCAACCAACUCAAUUCAACUUUUGUAAAAAAUUUAGAAGGCGAUAAUGAACAAAUUUAUACUCUUGGGCCAUAUCAAUGGUUAGGAAACGCCGAAGGACUUUUUUUCCGAAAGCUGAAAAACGAUUCAUGGAUACAAAGAGUAAAGUGGAUACUCUGAAUAAUUUUUUAUUAAAAUUCUACUGAAGUUUGUAUUUAAAAAGAUGUAUUUAAAAAAGAUUAUCUAAAAGCGGUAACCUUUGCAUUCCUGACAUUUACUUUAUUACCGUUUUGUUAUGACCCCGUUGCGUAAGAUUAUGGAAAUUCAUAUUCGUAACGAAAAUAUUUUUGAAUUGAUUUGUAUUGAUAAUAAUAAAUGAUGUACAAUUUACUAAA